AUGUAUGAUAAGUUUGUGAAAUGUGGGUACGCGGGCUCAAAUUUCCCAGAACACAUCUUCCCGGCUCUGGUUGGAAGACCAAUCAUUCGAUCGACUACCAAAGUGGGAAACAUCGAAAUCAAGGACCUUAUGGUAGGCGAUGAAGCGAGUGAGCUGCGGUCCAUGUUGGAAGUGAACUACCCGAUGGAGAACGGCAUUGUCCGGAACUGGGACGACAUGAAGCACCUUUGGGACUACACCUUUGGACCAGAAAAACUGAACAUCGACACGCAAAACUGUAAAAUACUGCUGACAGAACCUCCCAUGAACCCAACGAAGAACAGGGAAAAGAUUGUGGAGGUAAUGUUUGAAACUUACCAAUUUUCUGGGGUCUACGUAGCCAUUCAGGCGGUGCUCACUCUUUAUGCUCAAGGGUUACUGACAGGCGUCGUCGUGGAUUCUGGAGACGGCGUGACCCACAUCUGUCCCGUCUACGAAGGUUUCUCCCUUCCUCAUCUCACCAGGAGGCUCGACAUCGCUGGCAGAGAUAUUACCAGAUACCUCAUCAAGCUGCUCUUGCUACGAGGUUACGCCUUCAACCAUUCCGCCGAUUUUGAGACGGUGCGCAUGAUUAAAGAGAAGCUCUGCUACGUGGGCUACAAUAUUGAGCAGGAGCAGAAGCUGGCCUUGGAAACGACCGUGCUGGUGGAGUCCUACACGCUCCCCGACGGCAGGAUCAUCAAAGUGGGCGGCGAACGGUUCGAGGCCCCGGAGGCUCUGUUCCAGCCUCACCUGAUCAACGUGGAAGGGGUGGGCGUUGCCGAACUGCUCUUCAACACCAUCCAAGCUGCAGACAUCGACACCAG